UAGUAAUUAUAUUGGCAGUUUUGUGUUCAGUAUCUGGUAGAGAAUGUGAAUAUCAGCAAAAUGGCAGAAGUUUCCGAUCAUGGUCCGAUAUAACUAAUAGUGUAUCAAAUAUAGUGGGUUUUAUAUGGGGCGUCGAUUAUAUGUUCAAUUUAGGAUGGGUAGAUGGAGGUGCUAUGCCACAAGACUCCUUUUUGACUAUCACCGAACUUGCGUCCACUUAUGAUUAUAUUAUGGAAGAGCACAACGUUACCACCGAAGAUGGUUACAUAUUGACCGUACAUAGACUACAAGGAAUAGAUGCCACUCCUAAUGGAAAGGUGGUUUUUCUGAUGCACGGAAUUAUUGAGUCUUCAGACAGUUGGGUUCUUCAAGGGCCUGAUAAAGCUUUGGGCUACAUUUUAGCAGACAACGGAUAUGACGUGUGGAUGGGGAACGCGAGAGGGAACAAGCACGCAAUGAACCAUAAAGAGCUAGAUGCGAGAAACAGAGCUUUCUGGCAGUUUACUUGGGAAGAAAUCGGACUAUAUGACCUCCCUGCUAUGAUAGACUACGUUCUAAACGCAACUGGCAGCAAAAACUUGUACUACGUCGGACAUUCUCAAGGUACAACAAGCUUCUUAGUAAUGAAUUCGAUGAAACCCGAAUACAACGAGAAAAUUAAGAUGAUGUUCUCUUUAUCACCCGUUGCUUGGAUGAGAAACAUGAGAAGUCCUUUCGUGAGAAAAGUUUCGACAUAUUUAAAUUUCCUCGGAUAUUUUGUUUCUAGUUUGAAGACGAAAUGGCCAAGCAUGGAUUUCAUAAACAGAAUCACAGCUACCGCUUGCAAUUACGCUCCAGAUGGUUGUGAAACGUUAUUAUACAUGUUGGAAGGGAACGACCAUCAUAUAAACGGCAGUCUUUUGCCUGUGAUAUUAGGACAUAUGCCUACGGGAGGUUCAGCGGCCCAAUUUGUACAUUAUGGACAAUUAGUGAACUCUGGAAGGUUCUGUAGAUUUGAUUUUGGAGAAGAAUUAAACAUGAAGGAAUACGGUGUCCCUUCACCGCCUGAUUACGAGGUGACAAAGAUAACAGUUCCUAUGGAAUUGUUUUAUAGCGACAACGAUAUGUUAUCGGCUGAGGAGGACGUAAGAAUACUGAGAGGAAGGCUGCCUAAUGUGAUCGGAAAUAAUUUCUUAAAGGACUUCACUCAUUUGGACUAUUUGUACGCGUACAACGCUAAGGAUAAAAUCUACGACAAGAUAUUGCAAAAACUAAAUGAGAAUUAAGAGGUUUUAAACGAGUAUUUACAUUGCGUACGCAUUUCGAUUGUAUUUAUGCGAAUUAAGUAUAUAAUAUAGCAUUAACUGGAAAGGAUUCUAUUUACUGAUAUGCCGACGGAAAGUUUCUAAAAUUUUGAAAUUUUCACAUAGGAAAAGUUAACCUUUUAAACACUAUUCAAAUACAUUUAUUUACUUAUGAAAUUAUUUUAUAUCGCCGAUAAAUACUAAACUUAU